GCCAAGCCAGGGCCCGUCCAAGACUCCAACUCCAACUCCAACAACGAUCGCCUGCGCGGCCAGCGUCAUUGAGCUUUGCUGGUGCUUCUGCGUGCUUUGCGAGCCAAUCGAGAUAAACAGCCCACGGCGUCGAUGCUGUGCAGAGCUUUCUUUAUGAUUGUGAUCCGAUCCGAUCCGUGAACUUGAAUUCUCUCCCUCUCCUAGAGACUUUUUCUCCUCUUCUUCAUCACCAUCACCAUCGCCGUAUCCUGUCGUUUCCUGCUUCUCUUCCUUUCUCUUUUCCGUAUUCAGUCGCCUCCCCUAUCCGAGGCUGUCUUUGUUGAGGGGCACGCGUGUGACCUUGCACCGCAUCCUUGUCGCCUCCCGAGUCCCGACCAUAUCUAAUCAAGGGAGCAUAAAUCUCGAUUCGAUCCAUAUCGGGUCCGUGAAUCACGAACAAAGAAAUCCUACAGUCAUCAAUCCCGGCUCGCCGCCAACCCUAUCCAUUUCUCGAGAAGGCAGAACGAAAUUUCUGCAGAAGGUCACAAGUCUACACAUUUGUCUGGCCUCUGGCCUGUCAUAGCCACUCGCUUUUUAAUAUGGAUGCUCUCAGAUUCAUCGAUUCCCUCGUUCGGAGGCAGGAGGAGUCAGGAGCCCAGAAACUCCUAGAUCUCCUCAAAAAUCCCUUUUCCGCCCAGGUACAGUCUGCGAGUCCUGGACUUUCGAGUUGCAUGCUAACUUUUCCUCAGCUUGCCCAAAAUUCCGUCUACGCAAGUUUGGGUACCUCCAUUGGCUUCACGCUUCUCCUCGCUGUCGGAUUCUCUCUCCUUCGACCCUACAAUUCCCUCGUAUACGCACCGAAACUCAAAGUAGCAGAUGAUAGACAUGCUCCCCCACCAUUGGGAAAGGGCAUGUUCUCGUGGGUUGCGCCGAUUUUGAAGACAAAGGAGCAGGACUUGAUUGGCCUGAUUGGUCUGGAUGCAGUGGUUUUCCUGCGGAUCCUGUUGAUGUGUCGAAACAUAUUUUUGGUUAUGACCGUUAUUGGAUGUGGAAUUCUGAUCCCGGUCAACCUUGCCAAAGGACAGGCUUUUAAGGAUUCGACGACACUUGCGAGAGUGACCCCCGUGAAUACGUUCGGAAAUGCAAACUGGGGCAUGACAAUAUGUGCAUGGAUUUUCAACAUUAUCAUGGCUGGUUUCUUAUGGUGGAACUACCGGGCAGUUCUCAGAUUACGGCGACAAUAUUAUGAUAGUCCAGAGUACCGCGCCAGUUUGCAUGCCCGAACUUUAAUGAUCAACGAUAUUCCCAAGGAUUUCCGCUCGGAUGAAGGCAUUGGAAGGUUGAUUGAUCAAGUGGUACCGACCUCCUCAUUCUCGAGAACUGCAAUUGCACGAAAUGUGAAGGACUUGCCCGAUCUUAUCGAGCAGCACAGCAAAACAGUUCGAUCCCUCGAAAGCUACCUGGCGAAAUACCUUAAGAAUCCAGAUAACAUUCCAGCUCGCCGACCAGAAUGCAAGCCUUCAAAAGACGAUCCGAACUGGGGUACAUUCCCAAAAGGGCAAAAGGUGGAUGCAAUUGAGUAUCUUACAGAGCGGAUAAAGCAGUUGGAGUUGGAGAUCAAGGAAGUCCGUCUCCAUGUCGAUAAUCGGAAUCCUCUGUCCUAUGGCUUCGCAAGUUACGAGGACAUUGAUGAGGCUCACAGCAUUGCCUAUGCAGCUAAGAAGAAGCACCCUCAGGGCACAACUUUGGUCUUGGCCCCACGGCCAAACGAUAUCAUCUGGAAGAACAUGCCCUUGUCUAAGUCGCAAAGGCGAACACGAAGAAUCAUGAACAAUGUCUGGGUUACUCUCCUGACACUCGCCUGGAUCGCACCCAACGCAAUGAUCUCGAUCUUCGUCAUUAGUUUGGCUAAUUUGGGCCAUGUCUGGCCUGCCUUCCAAACCUCUCUUGAGCGUCAUACGAGUUGGUGGGCUAUCGUACAGGGUGUGGCGUCACCUGCUAUCACGUCCUUGGUCUACCUGGUUUUGCCAAUCAUCUUCCGUCGUUUUGCAAUACGAGCUGGUGACCGAACGAAGACUGCACGAGAGCGCCAUGUCGCUGGCAAGCUCUAUACUUUUUUCACAUUCAACUUCCUGAUUGUGUUCUCCAUGUUCAGUACGGUCUGGACCUUCGUUUCAACUGUGAUCGAAAAUACCAAUAAUGGAACUGAUGCUUGGAAAGCAAUCCAGGAUGCCAACUUUGCACAGGCGCUGUUUAUUUCACUCUGCAACAUUUCUCCCUUCUGGAUCACAUGGUUGCUCCAGCGUAACUUGGGUGCCGCGGUUGAUCUGGCUCAGUUAUGGACCUUGGUUUGGAGUUUCUGUAUCCGAAAGUUCUCCAGCCCAACUCCUCGAGAGAUGAUCGAAUUGACGGCUCCACCUGCAUUCGAUUAUGCGUCAUAUUACAACUACUUCCUGUUCUACAGCACAGUCACCUUAUGCUUCGCAACAAUCCAGCCUCUUGCCAUCCCAGCAUGUGCUCUCUAUUUCGUGCUCGAUGUAUAUCUUAAGAAGUACCUGCUUCUUUACAUCUUUAUCACCAAGACCGAAUCCGGGGGUAUGUUCUGGCGCAUGUUUUUCAACAGAAUGAUCUUCGCUUCCAUGCUGUCAACUUUGGUUGUGUUCCUCUCGGUUUGGGUUCAUGGAGAUGGCGCUCGUAUGGAAGCAUACGCAGUCAUUCCCUUACCAUUCCUGAUGCUUGCCUUCAAGUGGUUCUGCAAGAAGACCUUCGACGACAAGAUCCACUACUACGUAUCUCGUACAGCACUGAAGGAUCCCGAAGCUGAUCGCUCCAAGAUUUUCGAUGGCAAGAGAGACCGACUUGCAGCUCGAUUUGGCCAUCCCGCACUUUACAGACCAUUAAUCACGCCAAUGGUCCAUGCAAAGGCUCAGAACAAAUUGGCAUCAAUCUAUGGUGGCCGUCUUUCCGAUGGUAAUAACGCAUUCAAUUCCAGCGAAUCAGCGUCCGUGUCAGGAUACUCAGACACCUACGCCCUGAAUCCCAUGCAAGCCGGCCACACGGGAAAGAAAGCACCAGGCGGCGGUGUUCCCGGUUUCGAAAUGGUACCCGAGAACAAGCUCGAUUUCGCCUAUUUCAAAGGCCGCCACGAGUUUGCGGAAGACCAUGGAGGAUCGGGAGGUAUCUAUGGAAGAGCAGAAGACAUUAUCCGCUCCGACACACCCGGUAGCUCAACCAUGUUCGGUGACUCCAGACCUGGAACGCCUGGAACUCCAACAUUCCCCAAUGUUCCAGUCGUUGGAGACAACGGGCGUAAAUUCUCGGGCGUGUCAUACGACGCUCAGGGUGAUAUUGGGGCUAGCGGCUAUAACCCAGUAUAUGGGCAGAGACAUGACAGCGAGAUCAAUCUCGUCCACGGAGCUGGCGAAAUGCCUGUGUCUACUCCUGGUGCAAUGGGUCACUCGAACGUAAGAGAUACAAGCCAAGAACGGAGAGCACCUGGAUUCCUGGGUGGUGGACCACAAGGCUAUGGUAAUCUACCACAGCAUGAAGAGGAUAAUGAUCCCAUGUCAUAUGAUUAUUUCCGCACGCGGAGACAAAAUGCCGGGUGGCAGGGCUGGACGAACUAAGCCUUCUAUUGUGAUAAGGCGUGAAUCGACAAGUGUAAAUAGAAGGGAGCUAGAUCGAUCAAGCUAGCGGGUGCUAAGACACACGGUGUAAGCAUUAUGGGCAUGGAUAAAGGAAUCGGUGCAUUGGGAAUGGAGUUCGAAUUGCAGUGGCAUUUUACUUGCCUUCUGCCGAUUUAUUGGGUUGUCAAAGGGAGAUUGAUUGGUACGCAUGCAUGGCAAGGCAUGGCAUGACUUUUAAUGAGAUACGUUACUUACAAGACCUAAUUAUAAGUUUCACGACAAUACUUUUCCUGCUCUCUUUCGAUUUUGCCACUGUCUGCUAUUCACUCUAAUCUGUGUCGAUGUGAAUCUCAUAGCGUUCUACACAGGAGACUCUAGCUUCGUAUAUCUAUUUGGUAUUAUCUCUAUCUUACCUCUACUCAUUGCGUCCUACGCGCACCUUCAUACCUCCUUGACUUCUUCCAUAUCUGUAUCUCGAUUCUUCGUACUUGGCAUUUUCUGUUGUCUCUGAACACUUCUACUGUCUUGGUCUUUCAUCCUAAUCCUCCUAGUCUGCCCUAGAGUGCCUUCCUCUGUGCAUAUCCUUUGUCCGUACCUCUUCAAAACAUAUCCAGUCCCUUCCCACUACCAAUAUUGGUGUUCAAUUGCAGGUGUCUCCUCGCAAUGACACAAAAUGCCUAGGCAGGAAGAAGCAAGUGGAAGUGGACAAGCAUAUUCAGCAAGCGGAAGCUGGCAUAUCAGCAAUCAUAUUAUU